AUGGGGAAAGAAAGAAUUAGUAAUUGCAUGAUCAUACUUAAGCUUAUCAUGAGAAAGCUCAAGAGUACUCAUCUUCAACUAAUUCCCAAAUAUUCCAAUAAACAUCAAUUUGAUGUUGUGGAAAUGGAAACAACAAGAGCAAAUAAUGAAGUGGUACCAAAUGAUGUUAAAGAAGGACACUUUGCUAUAUUUUCAGUAAAUCCAGAGGAAGAGCCAAAGAGGUUUAUUGUGGAGCUACAUUGUCUCACUAAUCCAUCAUUCUUGAAAUUAUUAAAACAAGCUGAAGAUGAAUAUGGAUUCCAACAAAAGGGUGUUCUUGAAGUUCCUUGUAGCGCCGCGGAAUUGGAAAAGAUUUUGGGGGCGUCCGCCUUACACACUGAAGAUUGGAUUGCUUGA